AUGUCCUUCCAACCAAUAAAUCCCAAGCCAUACCUACAAUCGUUGAUAAACAAGCAGGUGGUAUUGAAGCUCAAAUUCAACAAUAUCGAGUAUCAUGGAAAGCUUCUUUCUGUUGAUAAUUACAUGAACUUAUUGCUGGACAAGGACGUGAAGGAGAUCGAGACAUCAAGCGGAACAACCACCGAGCUUGGAGACGAGCUGUUUGUGAGAUGUAACAAUGUGCUCUGGGUUGGUGAACAACAAUCCCAGGACGAAGACUCGACGAAAUGA